UUGACUUGAACCCCUUUUUCUCAAUCUCUGGACCAGCCUGCAUCUCCCUCUUCAGGUUUCCUUUCUUCCACAAAUACACACACUCUCUCUCUCUCUCUCUCUAAACAAUGUAAUUACACACCCACCUCUUCUCUCUCAUCCAUUUCCCUCUCUACCCUGUUUCUCUUGUUACCCAUCUCUUUUCUUCUCUUUCUCUCUCUCCCCAGCCUCUUUAUCUCUCUACCAAUAGAGAAAAAAUGGGGCAGGAAGAGCCAGGCACGAGCUCUACCCGCUGGGCGCUCGCGUGCAAAGUGGUUAGAGAAGAGAUCGAUAAAUCGACAGACAUCACGAGGGCAAUACGAAGGGAAAUGUCAGCUUCUUCACGCCAAAAGUCUUCGUUCACUGCUCGAAUCAAAUCAGAGGUCAAGAGACUCUCCACGUUUCGAUCUCAGGAAUCAAUGAGGAGAGAGAAUACCAAUAAUAAAUCCACGUCGAGGAUGGUUAGAACAAAAUCGCGUGCAGAGAGAGGGCUUAGGAGCCUACGGUUUCUCGAUAAAGCAUCGGGGAACAAGGAAGGAGAGGGAUGGAAUGCAGUUCAGAAGCGGUUUAACCAAUUUGCGGUGGAGGGCCGUGUCUCAAGAGACAAUUUUGGGCAAUGCAUUGGAAUGGGGGAUUCGAAGGAAUUCGCAUUACAGCUCCUUGAUGCAAUGGCAAGGAGUAGGGGAUUAGAUGUCGAGAAUGGCUUAUCAAAAGAGCAGCUUAAGGAGUUAUGGGGAGAGAUGGCUGAUCAAAACUUUGAUUCUAGACUUCAGAUAUUCUUUGACAUGUGUGAUAAGAAUGGUGAUGGCAAACUUUCAGAAGACGAAGUGGAGGAGGUUAUCGUGUUGAGUGCCUCUGCCAACAAGCUAGCCAAGAUCAAGGAGCAUGCGAAAACUUAUGCUGCAUUGAUAAUGGAAGAGCUCGAUCCCGACGAUUUAGGUUAUAUUGAGAUAUGGCAGCUCGAGACCUUACUACAAGGGAUGGUGAAAUCAAAAGGGCCCGAAGCCUUCUCAAAGAAGAGCCAAACUCUCACUAGGACAAUGAUCCCAAUGAGAUAUCGAAACCCAGUGAACAGAUAUCUUGAUUUGGCCAAAGACUUUGUCCAUGAGAAUUGGAAGAGGAUAUGGAUCAUUCUUCUUUGGAUCAUGGUAAAUGUAGCUUUGUUCACAUGGAAAUUUUUACAAUACAGGCAAAGAUCAGCAUUUCAAGUCAUGGGGUACUGCGUGUGCACGGCCAAAGGGGCAGCAGAGACCUUGAAGCUCAACAUGGCACUCAUACUACUACCGGUUUGUCGAAACACCAUCACAAGGCUACGAUCGAGUUUUCUGAGCAAAGUUGUUCCCUUCGAUGAUAAUAUCAACUUUCACAAGACAAUUGCAUUUGGCAUAGCAAUCGCAGUCAUAGUCCACUCAGUUAUCCAUCUUGGCUGCGACUUUCCCAGAAUUGCGUCUUGCUCAAAUGAAGCAUUUUUGAGAACUCUAGGACCCGAUUUCAAUUACAAGCAACCCACUUUUCAGAGCCUAGUCUCCAGCUUCCCUGGUGUUAGUGGAAUCAUCAUGAUCUUUCUCAUGUUGUUUUCAUUUACGCUAGCAACACACAGCUUUAGAAGAAACGUUGUGAAAUUGCCAUGGCCGCUCCAUCAUUUGGCUGGGUUCAAUGCCUUUUGGUACGCACACCACCUCCUGGCCAUUGUCUACAUUCUCCUCAUCUGUCAUGGCUUCUUCAUGUACCUUACAAGAAUCUGGUAUAGGAAGACUACGUGGAUGUACUUGACAGUUCCAGUUUUGUUCUACAUUUGUGAGAGAAUAACAAGAUUUUUGAGAGAGAAACACUAUCGAGUUAGCAUCAUCAAGGCUGCAAUAUAUCCAGGAAAUGUAUUGGCAUUGCAUAUGAGUAAACCUCCGGGAUUCAAAUACAAGAGUGGAAUGUACCUGUUUAUAAAGUGCCCCCAUGUCUCUCCUUUUGAAUGGCAUCCCUUCUCCAUUACCUCUGCACCAGGGGAUGACUACUUGAGUGUCCACAUCCGUACAUUGGGGGAUUGGACAACAGAGCUAAGAAAGCUAUUUGCAAAGGUCAGUCAAGAGGGACCAACCGUCGAUAAGAGUAGCCUGGCUAGGCUCGAAACCACAGUAUAUGCUGAUGCAGAUGUUCCACAGUCAAGGUUUCCAAAGCUUCUCAUUGAUGGACCAUAUGGCGCCCCCGCUCAGAAUUACAAGAAAUAUGACAUACUUCUGCUUGUUGGACUGGGGAUAGGCGCAACCCCAAUGAUCAGUAUACUUAAGGACCUUCUCAACAAUAUCAAGUUCAAUGAAUUUUGCUCCAUCAAUAGUACUGAUUCGAAACCUAUGCAUGAAACUCAGGCAAUGGAAAUCCAUAGAAAUAAGGGAAAGGGACCAAAUAGGGCCUAUUUCUAUUGGGUCACAAGAGAACAAGGCUCUUUUGAAUGGUUCAAAGGGGUCAUGAAUGAAAUUGCAGAGUUUGAUCAUAAUAAAGUUAUAGAAAUGCACAACUACCUAACAAGCGUGUACGAAGAAGGAGAUGCUCGAUCAGCGCUAAUUGCCAUGGUUCAGUCUCUGCAACAUGCUAAAAAUGGUGUGGAUAUUGUCUCAGGAAGCAGGAUACGGACGCACUUUGCAAGACCCAACUGGAGAAAAGUGUUCACUGAACUAGCCAACAUCCAUAAAACAUCUCGUAUAGGCGUCUUCUACUGUGGAACACCCACGCUAACAAAUACACUCAAGAAACUCUGUAAAGAAUUCAGCCACAGCACCACCACCCGCUUCCAAUUUCACAAAGAGAACUUCUAGCAUACUGAGCUUUUUGUGUUUAAAUUGUUAAAAUGUAUUUUUCAGGAAUUAUAUUAGCCUUUAUUUGAAUUAUAUUAGCCUUUAUUUUAUUUUAUUUGGAGUGACGUAGUAAGUGUUAUUUGUAAUUUUGCAAUCUUAUGUAAUGGGAAGUUGUAGAACUAAUAGGUGGUUGGUAUUUUUUUUUUAAAUAGGUAGUUAUUGCUGUACAAAAGUAGUUGUUGUAAGUGGGUAGUUGUUGUCGUAAUUUUAGUUGCAGGAACCUCUAUUUCAAAGAAGAGGUGCAUGGUGAGAAAU